AUGGAUAUUGUUUUUCACCCCGGCCAAAAUGGAUCUGAUCCUUGGGUAGAAUUCUAUCCUUAUACACCAUCCGCAACAGCUGGAUAUGCCUUCAUGGGUAUUUUUGGUGUCACGACUCUGGCGCAUAUUGUUCUGAUGUUUCCAUUUCGUGCUGCCUAUUUUAUCCCCCUCAUAUUGGGUGGAAUCUGCGAAACCUUCGGUUACUAUGGUCGAGCAUGGUCCCAUGAGUCCCGAUUCGAGAUCAAGUCCUGGGCGCUUCAAGAGAUGCUUAUUCUCUGCGCACCACCCCUCGUUGCAGCUACAGUUUACAUGGUCCUCGGCCGCAUCAUCCGCUCUUUCGGCGCCGAACAUCUAUCAAGUAUGCGUGUCAAGUGGUUGACUUUUGUUUUCGUCAUGAAUGACGUGCUUUGCUUCUGUACACAAUUAGGAGGUGCAGGUGUUCAAGUGACGGGUGACGAGCAAGUGAUGAAGAUCGGCAAGAAAGUUGUGCUGGCUGGCCUGAUCUUUUCUUUGAUCGUCUUCGCUUUCUUCAUUUUGGUUGCGGCUAGCUUUCAUCGACGUCUCAAACAACGACCUACACCUCUCCUUAAUAUUCAUCCCGAUCUUCCCUGGCAGCGAUACAUGUGGGCAAUCUACGUCUCCUGCUUUGCGUUAAUGCUGCGCAAUCUGGUGCGGACUAUACAAUUUGGAGCAGGUCAGAAGACCGACGUGAACACUAAGGAGGUUUAUAUCUACGUGUUUGAUGCUUUUUUGAUGUUUUUCGCGAUGCUGGUGCUAAUCAUCUAUCAUCCCGGUCGACUGAUCAAGAAGGCUCGUCGGCUUACCAAAAAUGGUAUGUUCGAUCAAAGUGGCAUGGGAGAUGGCAAUUCUGCACAUGUACUUUUGUCGGAAUGUGAGAUGGGAGAGCGUUUAACUAAAUGA